AUGGAAAAUAUAUCUUACAGCAUUGGAAAUAGCUCACUAGUGCUUAAAUAUUUUGGAUCAUCUCUAUCAGAUUUAAUAAUUAGUAUAGCGCAUGUGAUAAACAGUGCAGAAACUUUCAACGUAAGCCAGCUCAUGAAAUAUUCAUUUAUGACCAUAGCGGUAUGGGCUGUGAUUAGCCAGAUGAGCAGCAGCACUAGCAUUAUACGAGAUAUCUGUGAGAGGAGGUUGGCAGGCCUGGAUAAAAGCUUGUCUAUACACAGACAGAGAUGCUUGCCUGCAAAUUUCAAGAUAAUUAUUCAAAUUCUUAAAGGACUUCUCCACGGCUCUGUCUAUACCAUGGUUUUUAUAGUCAUCUUUUUAUGCUGCGUAGAAAUCUAUGAAAGAGCAGGAAUGAAAGCAGCGUGUUCCGCUGUGGGUAUUCUUCUUUUUUUAGAGAUCAUACUUAUGUGCAUUCUGGUCAGCGCAGGCAUAAGCUGUUCACUAGUAGUGUCACACAUACUCUUUCCUAGGGCAACUGCAAUUUUUGUGUAUGGGCUUAUAUGCGCGUUGACGCUCUGGAUUUCCUUUGAGACAGUGUACAUAGUAAUUUCCCCGUUUGAUAAAACAUUCAUAGAGACUGCAUUUCUUAUUUACUGUAUCAUUCACGUUUUUAUAUUUGUGGCACACUUAGCAUUGGCCUACUUCUCUAAACAAGAUGGUUCCUUCUUUGAAGGCCUUUCCUCUGAUAUUAGGAAAUACUUUGAGACUUCCUGGUUUUGGGUUAUUUCCAUAAUUAAUACCAUUCUGGUUGCAAUAUAG